GCGCAGUCAGUCGAUUUCUGUCGGCCGUGCGGCACACACACGCAACUCGCUUCUCAGCCAACUUAACCAGCUCCGGAUUCCACUUGCCACCAGCUUCUGACGCGGCAUUACAUCGCAUCGCAACGCGUCAUUAAUCGCAUCGUGCGACAGGACCUCGCAUCAGUUUUCGCAGCAACGCGCGCACUUUCCCCGCUUUGAACCUUCGAUUAGGGUCCGCUGUUCUUUCCUUCGCAGUCCUUAUCGCUUAUUGCUUCGGCCUUUGCGUUUGCAUUUUAAUGUUUGCUUAAGCAUUCCGUUUCGGUGUCAAAAUCCAAAAUCCGACCAAUCCAAUCCCGGCAAUAAGGAACGGAGAGCUCAUCGCGGAAUUGUUCGACACAAAAGUGAAUUACAAAUCAAUUGAGAAAGCCCCCGGCAGCGAGACAUAGAGCACACAUCGAAGCCAAUUCAAAAGUGAGGCACUAGGAAGCAAAAAAGAGUCCCGCAUGAGUAACAGCGCCAUGGUGGCCGUGGCCAUCUGCUGCAUCCUCGUCCUGCUAGCCGUCUUCAUCGUGAUCAUCAUAGUGGUGGGGCAGACCAUCGAGGAGCCCAAAUGAGACAUGCUCCAGCUGGGACCCGGCAACUUCCCAGAUGGAUAACAGAGGCCCCCUCAAAAUUGUUAGUUUGCUGGGGCCGCCAGCAAAAUUUCGUUGCCACCUCAUCAGCAUCUGCAGCAUUCACAAAAUCAUCAUCAACAUCACUUUCACACGGCUGAAAAAUUAGCAGAGGAAACAGAAGAAUCAGGAGGAGCAGAAGUAGCAGGAAGAGCAGGAGAGGAGCACGUGGAGUGGAGGAAAUGCGUCCCAUCGUCAGUAUCCAUUGGCUGUGAUGUGAAAUUUUUUGAAUUUGUGAAGCAAAAAUCAAUCGAGAAAUCAACCCAACACAAAAGGAGCUACUAAAUUUUGGAACAUUCCGCAUCCUAAUAACACAAACAUCUUUAUGUAGCAUUUCUGUGUGUUAAGUGUUGUUAAUAUAAAUGUAUAUAUAGACACACAAUCUAUGAAUACAAAAAUAUAUAGAUAUCUAGACAUACUUACGUAAUUAUAUAUGGAUAUAUGGAUAUAUGGAUAUAUAGAUAUAUAUAUAUAUAUAUAUAUAUAUAUAUAUAUAUAUAUAUGUAACCCAACCGUCGUAAAGUUGCGUUCUUUUUUAUAAAAGUGUUGUUAACAAACCGAUUUUUAUUGAUGUUUUAAAGAUGUUGAAUCCAACAUAUAUAUACAUGCAUACACACACGAAAGUGAAAUAAGUUUACAUUAAAAGUACGGCGAUGUCAGAAUUGAUGGGAAUGGAAAUGAAUGGAAAUUGGAGAGCCAGGACAAUAGGGGAUGCAACUGGAGAGCUCAAUUGUUUAAUAUACCGUAAGAUCAUAUCAAUUCGGAAUGAUGCCAGCAAUUGCACUUGUUAAUUGCACAGCAAUGAAGCUAGAUCUCUUGUGGGAUUCUCAGCGGGAACUGGAGCAUAGAUAUAGCUACUUGAAUAUAUGGAAGAUAUGAAUUAUAUAGCAGAGAAGAUAUGCAUUUUAUAUAUCAAGAACUUUUGGAUAAGUUUUACGUGUACGUGUACCUAGAAGUAGCCACAUCUCGUGAAUACAAUAUAAGCUGUUAUAAACUAUGAAACUUACUCACUUAAAAUCAAUUGGACUAGGAAACUUCAAGCACCACAAACUAUAAUUUAAUUGGACCCCAACCAAACAACCAACUAUUGCAAUUAAAUCAAUUCAACGCAGAACGUACGUGCGCUCUAAAGGAUAAUAAAAACAACUUCCACUCAAUUCGA